AUUCGCCAGCUCAACGUGAAGACAGCUCGAGUAGUCAGAAGAAAUCAAACAAAAAACCUUUCAAAAUGUUCAAAUACGCUGUUGUCAUCUUCGCUGCCAUCGCCUGCGCUGCCGCUAAACCUCACAUUCUAGCUGCUGCUCCGUUGGCCGUCGCCGCUCCGGCGCCUAUCAUCACCGCCACCAGCAGUCAAGUUGUCGCACGCAACCACAAUGGCAUCGCAUUCGCUCCAGUAGUCGCCCAGGCAUCCAUUGCACCCAUCGCUCCAGUCGCUAAGGUUGUCGCCCCAGUAGCCGCUGCUCCAUUGGCCGCACCAAUUGCCCCUCUUGCSGCUCCAGCACCUUUGAUCGCACGCUACGCUGCCGCUCCCGCACCACUUUUGGCCCGYUACGCUGCUGCUCCCUUCGCUUAUCCUGCCCAUUUGGCAUCCUACGCUGCCCCUGCUGCCUUCUCCUACGCCCCCGCGUACGCACCAACUCUGCGUUAUGCCGCUGCCGCCCCCGCUCCAGUUGUGUGGUAAAACAGAACAACAAACGAUAUUCUAAGGAUAGACUGUGAUAGUUUUUAAGCGAUUAAAAGAUACUAUUGAAAUAUAAACGACUUACUGUUAA